UGUCAUCCCGCUUCUAUAAUUACUGGAAUCAAUCCAAACUAUGGUCCUGAAGCUGGGGGCACAAUGGUACAAAUCGAUAUAGCGAAUAUGAAACCAUAUGAACAUGUAGAAUCCAUAACGACGGCAGGUGUUCCAUGCCAAAUCAUCAGUCCUACUGACGUUACACCCGUGACGUGUAUGACGGGAGAAUCUUCUCGGGGCGUAAAUGGCAGCAUAGCUAUCGUCUUGAACGGCGGUCUACCCCUAACACUGACUGCAACUGGUGUAAAUACCUCAUUCUUUUAUAUGCCUAACCCUAUCAUCACAAAUAUAAACAGGAAUAUUGGACCAAUCAGUGGAGGGACUAUCAUCGAGAUUAUUGGAGAGCAUCUGACGUCAAUCAGCCGUCCUGAAAUCACCGUGACAGUUGUAGUUGACCUGGUCAAACAUGUAGUAAAACAGGUAUGCGGAGAUGUCCAACCUGAGAAAAUGUUGUGUCCGGCACCUAACAUAACGGAAUUAAUUCAAGCAAUCCUCGUUUCACAGAAUUUAACUCAUCUUAACUCGACGGCCAUUAACAAAGAAUUCGACUUUGGAAUAGGAGUUAAAUUAGAUGGUGUUGAUGAAUUCGAAAAUCUUACAGAAGCAUUGCCUAAUAACCCUCGGACAAAUUUAAAAGUAGUAAACGAUAUUGAACUUGGAAGACUACAGCCGGAUAUUUUCUAUGCUAAUACUUGGAUGGGCAUAGUGUCGAUAUCGAUUCCUAUAAAAACCCCAUCCGAGGCUGUUACAAAGGAUGAUUUGAAUGUUAAAGUUGGCGAAGGAGUUUGUCGAAUCAAAGAUAUGUUUACGAAUGCUGUGAUAUGUCGUGU